AUGCGUACUCGUUCACAGCAAGCUUCGCCCGGUGGCUUCGUGUCACUCGAGGAAAAUGCCCCACGUCGGACCAGGUCUGCGAGGAAUGCUGCGCACCAGGAACCUGCAACGUCAGAGCAACCCCCGACCCGUGCAAAGUCUCAGCGCGCACCUAAGAAGACGAAUACCACUACCACAAAAAAGCCCACAACCAAGACCCAGACACGGAAAGCUACUACAACGAAGCGCACGACGCGCCAGUCGACACGCAAAACCGACAAACCCAUUUCAGACGAAGAUACCCAGCCCACCCAUACAGAGGAAGACCUCGCCACAGAUACCACGGCUGCAGAGAUGACUACCCCCAGGGAGGACCCGGAAAUUGUCGAUCCAACACCCGCAGCAUCUGAGAACGAAAACGCUGAUUGUGAGUACAUUCCCUGUGUUUCUCACCCCCCUAUGGUCCCCCAAUCCCCCAAGAAGUCCCAGGAGAUCGAUUGUUUUGAUGGCCCGGAUCCCCGGGGUAUCAGGGCUGCCUCGUAUCUCGAAUCCUUCAUCGACGAGCUAAGUAGUGUCGGCUCGCCUCUCUCUGAGAGGUCGAAGACGCCAUCCUGGACGUCGAAGGAUGAGACCGAGGCAGCCCUGGCACCGCGUCCCGCGCAGGAGUCGGGCGCCACCAACUUUGAGACAUCGGCAACCACAAAGAGAGUCUCACUCCCGACUCCUGCCGCGGAAGAGCGCACCUUUGAGCCACCUGCGGAACCAACCGUGGCGGAGCCAAGGGGAGUCACCGUCGUGACAUCCCCUGAGCAGUUCAACACUGCCUCAUUGGCUUCCGCUGCGGGCUCCGGAGGAGUGGUGGUCGUCGAGGACGAGCGGGUGGGCGCACUUAUUGCGUCCUUUGCCAGAUUGUCCUUGGAUGAUCUCGCGCCUCGCUUGUCCAAUGAAGCGGCUGCCACUCUGAGGGAGUCGACUACCGCGUCGUUCGGAAAGCCUGUUGAGCCCGCCCGCGUCACUCGCCGAAGCCUUCGCGCUUCUCGACAAGAGUGGAUUCGGGACUGGGCUCAACAGGUCCCUUCCACGGGCUUCUUUCAUCCCAUCACAGGGCAGCUCGUGGAAGGGCCGUCGGCGUCGGUUGAGUUGGCGGGGGAUCUCGCGUCCAACCGUGAGCCCCCGACCCGUUGGUUUGGGGUCCUGGACUACAUCCUGCGAAGGCGACGCCGUGAGGUUCAAGUGAUGUCGCCGCUGCAGGAAGAAUCGCAGAGUAGUCCCGGCCCCGGCUCAGGGGUUGUUGCUCUCAACGCGGUGGCUCCCCGGGAAAUCCGGGCCAAAAGGCCACAAAAGAACAAGGGGCUAACAAACCCGCCAGUGACCCGGAAGCGUGCCCGGGCAGAUUCUAGCGACGAAGAGACCCAAGGCCCGCAGACGCCUGCCGCAAACAAGCGGCGUAACCUUGGCCCCCCCGGCAGCACGCCGUAUCGACCCGCAACCCGGCCGCGCUCCCUUACUGCGAACAUUACUCCGUAUUCUGAGAGACUUCGGAGACGGCAAGCCGAAAGAGAUGGCCGUAUCCACUCCACCUCGCUUCGCGUAUCUCAAUUGCUGGCCCAGCAAGAAGCUGACCGGCGCCGCCAGGCAGCAGAGUCUUCUGCGCCCCCAUGCUCUGAGCUGCCGCGUACCACCUUUGAUUUCUCUCUUGAUAAUGCUCAGGAAACCAGUCAUGAUCAAGAGCAGUCGCAAAGCUUACAGGAACAGUCUUCUACGCCCGAGCCGCCGGCCACUCCGGAGCGCCAGAGUGGUUGGAACCUCCGUGGUCUGCUCAACUCCGUACCUCGCACCUUCACAAGGAUCCUACCCUCUUUCAGGAGGACCCCCGAACCUACUCAAGUGCAAGCGCCCCCCCAACCAUCUUCGGAGCGUAUUGGUCGGACGCAAACCUCUCAGGCGUCCUCUAGUGUUUCUCAGAGCCAAGCACAGAGUAGCCGCAGAUCCAGCGAGGAGCCACCUCAAAAGCGCCGUCGCAAGUCUUGGUCUCUCUUUGCGCAACCCUUUGAUAGGUCCCUCUACCUUGGGGACAUCCCUAAAAAGGAUUCAGCAGCCCCGUCUUCUGCUCCGUUACUGUCUCGCCCCGUUUCCAAGCCAUCAACAGAAGAAACAACACCGCAAGAAUCAGCCACGCCAGACGCCCAGAAAGAUGUAGGCGUAGAAGGCCAAGAUUCUCUGGGGCGCGAGGCAGAAGAACAGAAGCAAAAGAAGCGGAAGCGCUCCCCGUCGCCUGACGUGAUUCCCAACCCUCCAGGGUGCAGUUAUGGGCUGGACUUAGAUUACUUCUGCUAUAGCUCUGAAAGCGAGGAUGAGCAAGAAAUCCCGCUGCCACGAACUGAGCCAAACAAAUCUGGUCGUUUAGCCAAGACAGCUGUCCGCGGCGCCUUGCGCUCAGAGCGGCAUUCGUCGAAGAAAGUCCGCUUUGAUGCGAGUCCAGAAGAUACACCAUCCAAACUCCGACUGCGUGCUCGUGCAACCGACCCAUACCGUGGAAGACACUUCAUUGGAAUGGGUAAUGAUUCUGAGAAUGUUGCCCCAGAGUCUCCCACCCCCGCUCCCCAUGCCGCUGAUGAGUCUUCAAGCCGCCGUCCUGGAUUCGUCCCAAACGUUCAGGGAACUUUCCAGUUAGAUUACGACGCCUUCUCAGACGAUUCCGAAUCCAGCGGGGCCUCUGCUUCAGCAAAUGUCUCCGCCUCCGCACCUACCCCUGCACCUAGCUCACCCACCGCCACUCGGGAUAGUAUCUCCGAAAGUGUGCCACCUACAGAGUCCCGCCAGACUCCACGUCAAGCGGCCCCAGCCCCGUCAACCCCUGCGAAGAUUGACGAAGAGGCUCUCGCCAGAGCUCGCUCACAGGCUGAGAAAUACAAGCCUAAAACCCCUAGUGGCCUUCGUACUGCAAGCAGAUACUCGAGUCCUAUGACUGCUACACCCGACACAAUCUCUGCAACUGCCAUCGCACCCGCAGUCACAUCAACACCUUCCACGUCCGAAAAGGCACUCGCACCUGCGCCUGAGCCCGAGCAGCAGACUAUUGAAGAUUUUGGAGAUGACGAAUUUGCCCGUGAGGCUCAGUGGCUCUAUGAAAAUUGCCCAUCUGGAGACCUCAACGACCUUGUGUGGCCUCAGCCUGUAACAUACGAAGAGCAAGGUUUCAGUCCCGAGGUGAUCGAUCUUGUCAAUGAGAUUUGGGACCCCUCAACUGUCGACUAUGCUUAUACCAACAUCUGGAAGCCUGGCCUUGACGCGUUCAGGCGCGAAUUAGAAUCCGGCGCAUCCGAAGCUACACAAGCAUGA